CGCUUUCGAGCACGAGGAGGCUAGGUGACGCGGCGUGCACGAGGUCGACCGCAGCAUGUCGCCGCCCCCGCUCGUCGUCCGCGAGGAGGACCAGGCGACGGAGGACGCCUACCAGGCGGCCCUUGCGGUGGUCUACCACGAGAGCGAGGAGGACGAGCGGCGUAGGGUGGAGGCGGUGGAGGAAGAGGAGGUUCGGUACGAGGCGGCCAUGGCGCAAGCCAUUGCCCUCUCCGCGGCGGCCGACUGCGUGCUGCCGCCGGUGGCCCCGCCAUCCCCUCCCCGACGCCGCGUCAAGGCCGAGCUGGAGCCCGAGCAGGAGCCGUCCCCCAUCGAGCGCUACUCCUGGACGGGAGUACUGUGCGAGUGGGUCUCCGCACCACCGGUUUGGAUGGAGGCGACGCCGGCGCAGGAGGCGGCGUACCUCGAGAUGUGGCGCAACGACGGCUGGCCGAGGAGCGCCGUCGCGGCAAGUACGAGGAGAUGCUCAAGCGCGACCUCGAGGAGGAGCAGCGCGAGGCUGAGGAGGAAGCGCGCCAGGCCGCACCGCUUCCCGCGCCGGCAGAGCUGCCCGCGACCGACAUCGCCGCCGCUUGGAACACGGCGUUCCCUGGGCCGGCCCUGCGCCGACGCUCAUCGACCUCACCGGCCCCGAGGACGAUGACGAUGACGACGCCUAAGGCAGUGCGCCGCCUCGUAGUUUAGUUUGUUUUUAGUUUUUUUAGUGCUAAUGUGGACGCGUGGACUCUCGCCGGCCUUCCUGGCCGGCUUUAAUGUUUAAUUAAGUUGUUUUUAUUUUAAAUAUGCAUGCAAUGUUUUUUUUGUCGGCGCCGUCAAAAUGGAUCGGGCGAGCGUUGGCGCACACGCCGACCCAAGGAAGCGGACGCCCGUGUCCGCCUGCCCGACCCAGACGGACAAAAAGCGGACAAAAUCGCCGUCCGUUUGGGUUGGCCCGUUGGAGUUGCUCUAAGGGAGAGGGCGAGUGGCUAAUGAACAAUGCGUGGGGCUCAUGCAAGAUGUAUGGACCAGGAAUGAAAAAAAGAUAGGGAUGAGAGAACAGUGUGUGGGUCCACAGGUGUGAUGUCAGGACAUGCGUGGGCGUGUGUGUGGGUCCGCAGGUGCGACGUCAGGACGUGCGCGGGUGAGUACGUGGGUCCGCAGGUGUGACGUCAAGACAUGCGUGGGCGAGUGCGUGGGUCCGUGGUGUGAUGUCAGGACCUGCGUGGUCUGUAGGCGUGACGUCAGGAUGUGCGUGGGCGACCGACCCAACACGUGAUUGAUGGCUGGCAAGAAUCGUUUACGUCAUUUUUGCCCCCAGUCCCCUCACAACCGGAGAGGGGAGCCAAGUCCACAGCUGGCGUAGAGGUGGUUCACCAAUCCAAGAUCAAGCUGAGGCGGAAGGUGCUGCCCGACUUCUCCUGCUCUGGCAGAUCUACGGUUGCCGCCUCUCCUUCUCUUCUGCCGUCGCGUUUUCGUGAUUCUAGCUGCAUUGCUCGAUGGAGGAUCUUCCGGAGGUACUGCUGGCAGAAAUCGUCCAGAGGAUUACCAGGACAAGUGAUCUGAAUUCUCUUUCCCUUGUGUCAAAAAGUCUGUGCGAGGUUGAGGCGAAUCAAAGGGCCGCUAUCCGCUUAGGAUGCAGCUUGUUUUCUGCUACAGAAACCUUGUCAUCGCUUUGUUCCCGAUUCUCCAAUUUGUCAAAAAUGGAAAUCAAUUACACCGGUGAAACCUUGAGCUUCUUCUCAUACAUUGAUGAUUCUGGUCUUAGUUGUCUAGCCAAUUGUAAGAAGUUGAUGUCCCUCACACUAAACUCUGUACCAAGCAUAACCUCAAGGGGACUUCUCUCGGUGGCAAUUGGCUGCAACAGUUUAUCUGCUCUCCACCUUAUUGAUUGCAAGAAAAUAAGCAGCGGAGAGUGGCUAGAGUACCUUGGCUGGAAUGGAUCACUGGAAGAACUUGUGGUAAGGAAUUGCAACAGAAUCAGGCAGCCUGACCUACUAAAGUUUGGUCCAGGAUGGAUGAAGCUUUGGAAGUUUGAGUUUGAGAGCAAGGUAGAAAUAGAUGAUAUGCUUGGGUUUAAUGAUCCCUUAUAUGAUGUGCACAACCCGAGUGCAUGUGAUUUCCUCUGUGACAAUUUGAAGGAUUUGAGGUUGGUGCAUAUUCAAGCAAGGUCAGAGCUGAGACUUUGUCUUCUCUUGGAGAAAUGCAAAGCAUUGGAGAAGCUAUGCCUUAAGUAUGUUGUAAGUCUAACCGACAAUGACAUGAUUGCGCUAUCCCACAGCUGCAACAAUCUUAAAAGUAUUUCACUAUGGCUCAUGCCUCCUCAGUACGUUGCUGAUGACAAUGAUUUUCUUUACAUACCAUCGGUUACUGAUCACAGUCUUCAGGUUUUAGCUCUCGGUUGUCCUAUGCUUCAGAGCGUUGAACUUACAUUUCAUGAGGGCACAUUCUACUUGCCAGAUAUAGGCUUAACACUAGAGUGUGUUAGGAUUCUCAUUCAGUCUUGUCAGAUUCUUGUUCUUGUGCUUAAUGGAGCUGACUUCUUUGAUGAUGAAGGAAUGAUGGUACUUUCAUCCUCACCAUUCCUGGAGACACUCGAGCUUGCGGUGAACGAUCAGGUAACUGAUGCUGGGAUGCAUUCCAUUGCGCGCACCCCUUGCUUGAGGAGUCUGACACUCCGGUUGUGUAGUCAGGUGACUGAUGCUGGAUUAACCGAACUGGUACAUUCACAGAAGUUGGAUUCUCUGACCAUCGAAGGCUGUGCUUGCAUCUCUCCGCAAGUUGCCCAAGGCGCAGCUAGAUCAGUUCACUACUCUCUGGAGUCAGCAAGCAGGAGCCGUCUCAGUAGAAUCUAAACAUAAUGCUAUUGGUCAAGUAGUUAAAGUUGUUUUCGGUUGUGCCUCAUUUGUGGAUGUCGCUGUCAUUGACCCUGCUAUCGUUUUCAUCAUUUCUUAGAACCUGUGUCUAAUGGUCAACUUUGGAUCCAAUGCGGUGAAUGAAGACUUUAAAAUUGUCUGUUA